AGCAACUUCAUCUCCAGGGAUUUGGUGAGAGAAGUUAUGGAGCUUAGUGAAAAUGGUUUCUCGGAGGAAUUCUUGUCUCUAAGAAGAGACACUUGGGAGACCAUCCCUACAGAAAUGGAUGGACUCUUCUCUAGUGAUUGGAGUUAUGGUUGCUAUGAUCAAAACCCACCUCCCAUUCUUCCAAAUUCUUAUUGUCAGCCUUUUUCUGCACCAUUUGAACAAGAUUUCAACUACGACUUCAGUGAAGUCUAUUGUCCAUUUGUUGAUGAAUUGUCAGCACCUCAGCUUACUGAUUCAUCAAUGAAUACACUUGAUACACCGCCAUUUCCAAUUCAAGAAGACUUUCCGUUGGCCAUGAUGGGCGAUGAAGAAGCUAAUAAUCUACUUGCGGAUGAUUUCCAAAAUCUCGAGAUGCAAUCUUCAUCUUGCAAAGUUGAGCCAAUUCACGAGUCUCCUGAAAUCCCAGUUUUCAAAAUGGGAACUUGUCCCGAACGAAUGAACAGAAGUAAGAAGGUGGAGGGGCAGCCAUCAAAAAAUCUAAUGGCCGAGAGAAGGCGAAGGAAGCGCUUAAAUGACCGCCUCUCAAUGCUUAGAUCCAUAGUUCCUAAAAUAAGCAAGAUGGACAGGACUUCUAUACUUGGAGAUACCAUAGACUACGUGAAAGAGCUCAUAGAGAAAAUCAACAACUUGCAACAAGAAAUUGAAGCAGAUUCAAGUCAUAUCGAGAAGCUGGGCAUUUGUAAGGAUGUGAAGCCAAAUGAGAGUUUAGUAAGAAAUGCACCAAAGUUUGGCGUGGAAAGAAGAAAUAUGGAUACCAGAAUUGAGAUUUGCUGUCCAGCGAAGUCAGGAUUGUUGUUAUCAACAGUAACAACCCUGGAAGCAUUAGGCCUUGAGAUUGAACAAUGUGUUAUCAGCUGCUUUAAUGACUUUUCGGUCCAAGCUUCCUGCUCAGAGGAAAUGAAGCAUAGAAUGCUUAUAAGCUCUGAGGACAUAAAGCAGGCAUUAUUUAGAAAUGCAGGCUAUGGAGGACGAUGUCUGUAGGAAUGAAGAGAGUAGGAAAUCAAGAGCAAAGCAACCUUAUGGUGAAAUUUUCAGUGGCAGGUUCCCUCAUCUCUGUAAUUUCAUUAAGCUUUUUCGCUGAAAGGUUGUAAUGAUUUUUGUUUUUGGUUUAAUAAAAGGCUUGUACUUCUCAUAGCAAUGUAAAAUCUCCUGCUCCUGAAAUAUUGCUAAAAUUACUUGUAUUAGAGUGAUUGAUUUUCUGC